AGGUCAAAAUUAUUCAAACGUAAUUAAACUUGUUUAGCUUAAAGAUGUAUUUAUUUUAUGUUUUUUAAAUGUUUAAAUAAAACGUUUGGAAAAAGCCUGUUGCUCAGGUGAGGGGAAAGGUUUCUGUAUCACACCUCCACUACAGAACAGCUGGCCAUGAUUUUUAAGUAUUGGAAAAGAUUGUGAUACUAGAUAGUCAGACUGCUUAUUUUAUGAUCAGCGUGGUUUCUGGCUGCUGGGAGUUGCAUUGUGGGUCCCUGAAAUGGAUCCAGUAAAUUGGAGAUGGCGCUGCGUACAGUGUGAGUGAGUUAGAAGGCAAAGUUUGGGGAGCACGGGAAAGUUAGCUGGAGGCGAAGCGAGCUGCGAUUCGCAUUCCAAAUAUUUCCAACAUAAAUGGAAUUUGGACACUACUAUCCGGAGGACAAGAACAGAAACAUAUUACAACAUUCCCUGUCAUAACUUGCGAAUUGUAUUAUUCUGGAAAACGCAGUUGUCUUGAUAAAUCCUAUCAGUGAUUGCUGCUACAUGGGUUAAAUUGGGAAUCACUUAGGACUGCUGCGGGACAUUUGUGCAGUUUUUUUUUUUUUUUUUUUGUAAACCCACAUUAACUAUAUUUAAAAUGAAACACAGACUGGGAAAACACCUCCGAUUUGAAUGAAAGAAUGAACGACCCCCGAGUUGAUAAAGAAUUUACACCGAUCUCCAGAAAACACCGACUCAUGGCUGCAGUUCUGCCUGAGGAAGAGAGCGUUUUGCCCGGUAACAGUUCCAGAUCCGACCGUAAUGGCAUUGGGAUAGUUUAUUGCUUCGUUUGUGGUGGGGGUGUUACGCCUGGAAAAGAACUGAAACUUCAAAUUAAUUACCAGAGAGAAAACGUUCCAUUUUUCCCGUUUUUGCAGCACCAGGAGCCAGCGCCGGGGGCUGAAGAAGUGACCCCAGAUGGAUGUGUCACAGUAUGCGCCGUGUGUCAAAGUUUUCUCGGGGAGCAGUGGAACUCCUUUGAAAGAACCAGGACCCCUAUAGAAAAGCGAAUGUACUGGCUGAAAAGACCCUAUCAGUGUGACUCAAGAAGAAUUCCCCAGGAAUGGAACAUCUCCUACGACCUGGAAAGAAGGAUGAGCGUGAGUAGCCAAAAUUGUGACGCACAUGAUUCGGAAUUUUCAUCCCUUUCUGAUAACGAGAAUAUGUCCGAUCAAGAGCUUGAUUUUGUUGACAGACCAGUCACGCAUAAAGAAAAGUCCACCAGAAUCCCCACUAGCAACAAAAAUUCUAAAGAAAGACUUGCAAAAUAUAACGACAUAAAAAGCUGCCAUGAUUCUCCGAUGGGAACCCGGUACCUUGUUAGUGGUUACGCCGCCCAGGACGCACAGAAAUCGGAUAAUGUUCUUCAGCCGGGCCGUUCUGUGCAAAGUAUGAAUCACGCAGCUCAAUCGUCUGUAUCGUUGGCUCAGUUACAGGAAUUCCUUCCACAGCGGUCCUAUGACACCCCUUAUGCCGAGACACCUGCGCAAGACAACGGAAUCAUUAUACGCAACAAGCAGUGGCUACCAGAGGAGAAUGCCAAGCAUCCAGACUCUCGCCAGCAUGCUGUCUAUAGCAGCUGUAGUACUCGGGAUCCCCUUGUUCCGUUGCAAAGUCGUAAAGCAGCAGAUGUUGCAGAUGCAGCCGCAUCGUUAUCACCUGUAGGCGCCUUGAACAUUUCAGACCGCGGCAAUGUUGACAACCUGUUCAAACACAGUGACAGCAGCCAUAGUAACCACGGGGGUGGCUGUUCUGACUCAGACAAUGAAAUAAACAUAACCAGCGAUAAUGACCAAGAAAAUGUGCUUGAUAUCGCAAGCAGCAGGGAGCAUGUAAUAAAGCUCGACAGGCAGAUCAGGGAGACUGGCAGUGUAAUAGCAAAGUCCCUGAGUAACAGCCCUGCAGAGGAGUGUGCAUGCUAUAUCUGUGGAAGUAAACUAUCCCAAAAUAACCAGCAUAAAGUGUACGUGCAAAAACAGGAGAGCAUCUCAAACCAGCCCUUUUUCCCCUUUCUGUGGCUCCACAGCCCGCCCCCAGGGGCCUUGCCUCUCAGCCCAGGUGGGUGCACUCUGGUAUGCGCUUGCUGCCAUUCCUCCCUCAUGCAGCAGUGGCAGGGCUUUGAGUUGGCUAAUGUGCCAGUUCUGCAACGCCUAUAUGUGGUCCCCUUGAACGCUGGCACUUCAGUUUUGGCCCCCAGAGACAGCAUGAACCACAAGCUAGAGAAAGCCACGGCACGUGAAGCUUGCUACCUGUGUGGCGAAGACUGCUGCAGAGAUCUUAUAGUGACCUGUUCCAAGGUUUUCAAUGGCAAUCCAAGGAGUACCAUGCACUUUCCCUUCAUAAAUCUACUGCCAUGCCCUCCCAAUGCCAAAGCUGUUAAUAACGGGAAAGUACACUGCUGUCAGACAUGCUUUAGCAUUUUAGAGGAUAUAUGGGUUACCUACAAAGCAUGUCUAAGUGAGGAGCUUAUCACCUCCGUUAAUAGCUUUUUGAGUCGGUAUCACCAGGCUGUCACUGGGGCAGUAACCCACUCAAGCAGCCUGAGCCACCAGUCUCCCAGAAUGGGCCACACCUCAGUUUGUUACCUGUGCGGGGUAGAGCUACCAGCAGGAAGGGAGUUUCAGCUGAGUGUGAACCCACCGGGCCGGUGUGGAGAGAGGGAACCUUUCUUCCCCUUUUUGACUGUCCAUCCUCCCGCACCCAGGUCCAAACCUUCUGAUUCCACUGGCCUGGUGUCCACCUGUGUGCUGUGUUACCACGACCUGUUAGGCCAAUGGGUUCAGCAUGAAGGCCGAGGCAGCCAACCAACCAGCAGCCCAUGGUCUAGGCAGUACGGCGUGGACACUUUUGUGUGCUUCUUCUGCAGACAGGAGAAGAAAAGAUGCCUGGGCUUAAAAGCGGUGCAAGUUGCACGACUGCCUGUGUUUCUGUACGCCCCUCGGGUGAGCAACACUCUGGUGGUGGAUGAUGGGAAAACAUUGACCAUUGGGUCUUGUGUGGAUUGUAAAGCUGUGGUACUGGCUGGCCAAAACAUGAAGCAAAACUGCCUAUUGGACAGCGUCUCUCCUCCUGGGAAACACAAGCCUUCCUUCUCUGCCCUCGAGGUGGCGUCGGUGAACAGGAAGCUCCCUGAGGCGGGUGUGUUCAACCCAGUGGGAGAGCCCAGUGAAGGCACGAGGCCUGGGAGGUCAGGGGUCAACGUGGAUGCUCCCCCUCCCAUCACUUUGGAUGCAGAGACCGCCGAUCACCAGCGUACAAGCAUGAGCCAUGAGCCAAAGUCACCUUCAUUAGGAAUGAUCUCAACAGCGACUCGGACCACUGCCACAGUGAGCCCCCUGACCCCGUCCCCUCUCAGCGGCUCCAUUGUGCCCAAUGGCAGCCCUGCCGCCAACAACACUCUGUCCGUCCAGUCGGCGCAUUCCUCCAGCUUUGCUGCCGCGCUCCGCAAGCUCGCCAAACAAGCCGAAGAGCCAAGAGGGUCGUCGAUUAGCAGUGAGUCUUCCCCGGUCUCGUCUCCGGCCACCAAUCACAGCUCACCAGCCAGCACGCCCAAGCGGGGACCCAUGGGUCCCAUCAUCGUUCCCCAGGGGUGCCACAGCGUGCCAAGCACCCCUCCCGUGGUCACCAUCGCACCUACCAAAACCGUCAACGGCCUCUGGAGGAGCGAAGGCCGACAGACGGAGUCAGGGUCUCGGGGAAGCAGCCGGGAUCGUCUAGGCCCAGAGCACGCCCAGCAGCAGGAGAAAGUGGGCUCCUCGGUUCCAGCCCACCUCCUCGGGAACCCGUACGCCUUUGGACUGAACCCCAACUCUGUCGUUCAUGACACACGCUUCCAGCCUCUCAACCUCCCUCGGCAGGUUCAUCAUGUGGUCCCCCCUGCUAGUGUCCCGGAGGAUUACCUCCGCGGCUUCAGACCCUACCCCACACCCGAGGACCUCAGGAUGUCAUCGAUACCAUCCCUGGGCUUGGAUCCUGCCACUGCUGCUGCCUACUACCACCCCAGCUAUCUCACCCACCCACCCUUCUCUGCAUAUAGGAUGGACGACUCAUUCUGCCUGUCAGCCCUGAGGUCUCCCUUCUACCCAAUGCCGGUGGCAGGCUCCAUGCCCCCCAUGCACCCCUCAGCAGUCCACAUGCACCUGCCUGGAGUGAGAUACCCUGGAGAACUGUCCCACUCCUCCCUGUCUGCACUGCAGUCCGAGCGCAUCUCUGAGAGGCUCCAGAUGGAGGACGAGCUGCGGCAGCGUGAGAGGGAGCGUGAGAGAGAACGGGAGAGGGAGCGGGAGAAGGAGAGAGAGCGUGAGGUGGAGCGGGAGAAGGAGAGAGAGCGAGAGCGUGAGAGGGAGAGAGAGAAGGAGCUGGAGAGAGAGCGGGAGAAGGAGAGGGAGCGAGAGAGGGAGCGUGAGAGGGAGAAGGAGCGGGCUCGGGAGAAGGAGCUGCAGGCCUCCAAAGCCCUUGAGAACCACUACCUGGCUGAGCUGCACGCUCUGCGGGGUCAGCCAGCCGAGGACCGAGCCAAACCGGCAGAAAGACUGACGCCAAACCGACCCGAUAAAGCCAAGGAGCCUGCACUGCUUGCACCCAAGCCAGUGCAGCCAGGUCUCCACCCGGCGCCCAUCCCAUCGUCCCACCUCUCCGUGCCCAGCCUCAUCUCCAGCCACAGCGGCUUCCUGCCACACUCCGGGGUACCAGGACUGGUAGGUGGUCCCACGGGAUCCCUGGCAACGGCCUUGCUCCUGCAACGCACCAACGAGGAGGAGAAGUGGCUGGCCAGGCAGAGGAAGAUGCGGCAGGAGAAGGAGGACCGCCAGUUCCAGGUGUCAGAGUUCCGCCAGCAGGUCCUGGAGCAGCACCUAGACAUUGGGAGACCACCCGAGGGGGACCCGUGGAGUGAUGGCCACCGACCUGUCCAUGAGUCAAUGAUGCGGGAACACCUUCAGCAUCUGGGGGCCCCACCGCCUCUCAUCUCCCCCAAACCCCAGCACCCCCCUCCCUCCACCACGCUGUGGAAUCCUGCCUCCUUCGUCGACAGCAACCCUGAGCCUCGUCGGGCGCACGAGCCCUUGCAUCCUGGUCACUAUGAGCACGCCCGGCAGGCCCUGUCCCUGGUGAAGGGGGAGAGGCUCUACAGCUCUGAGAAGCUAGACGAGAGUGCCAAGAAGAAGGAGAUGACAGAGAAGUACCAGCCCGUCCGGGGGCCAAGUGCCCAUGAGCAGGGUGGGCAUUCCUAUGGCACCUUCUUAGCAGAGCUGGAGAAAUCAGCACAGACCAUCCUGAACCAGCAGAGGGCAUCUCUGUCGCUGCCCAGCCAGUACAGUGAGCUGAGUGCCUCACAUAAGGCCAGCUCCUCUCCCUACAGGAACCACCAGGGGGUGCCACGAGCACCUGACCCCAUGCUGGUGUACGAUGAGUUCCUGCAGCAGCAACGCAGGUUGGUCAGCAAGCUAGACCUGGAGGAGAGGAGGAGGAGAGAGGCCAGGGAGAAAGGCUAUUACUACGACUUGGAUGACUCCUAUGAUGAAAGCGAUGAGGAGGAGGUGCGAGCUCACCUUCAACGAGUCGCCGAGCAGCCGCCACUCAAGCUCGACGAAUCCUCCGAGAAGACUGGCUUCUUGCAGGUGUUUGGUCUGACGACUCGCUCGCACAAGGAGGAGCUGCUGGAGCAGAAGAGGCGGAAGAGGAGGAGGAUGCUGAGGGAACGAAGCCCCUCCCCUCCGGCCGUGAAGAACAAGCGGCAGACCCCUCCUCCUCCUCCUCUCAGCACGCGCUACACCGCCGACCAGAUGAACUGCAGCGCGGAGCUCGAGGAGAAGAAGAGAUUCCUCACCAUAUUCAGCCUAUCGCAUGUUAACACCCAUCAGAGAAAAGUGGACCAGACAACAUUACACCCGCUCUCAGACUCUGAGAUCUCGCCCAGCGCCAGAGCAGGCACUCCCUCCCUUCCCGACGUUAAGAAAGCCAUGGACACAAGCAAGCCAGAGCACCUCCAACAGUCCGAAGUGCCCAGACCAAAGGAAGCGGCAGCAGCAGCAGUACCUACCUUUCCUGACGGGGAUAAGGCCAGACCGGGCGAGGGCCACGCUGUGAAGAAGAACACCAGCCUUUUGAACAGCAUCCGGGCCCAGAAUACACCCAAGGAGGGCCCCCACAGCCAGAACGGCAGGAGCAAGCCCUGGGAGAGCUUCACAGCAGAAGAGUUUGCCCACCAGUUCCACGAGUCAGUGCUGCAGUCCACACAGAAGGCCCUGCAGAAACACAAAGGAUCUGCAGCAGGGCAGAUAUCAGAGCCAAAUCACAAGCUGGAAUCUUUGGUCCAUUACAACAUUCCUGAGCUGCAGUCUUCUGUCAGGGCACCCCAUCCGCAGCACAACGGACAGCACGACACCAUUGCGGCACGGAAAGAGUUAACCGUGGUGCGGGAGGAAGAGUCUGAGGAGGAAGAGGAUACCGAGGAGGAGGAGGAGGAGGAGGAGGAGGAGGAGGAGGAUGAUGAUGAUGAUGAAGCUCCUCGACCAAAAUGGCAGGGAAUCGAAGCCAUCUUCGAGGCUUACCAGGAAUACAUUGAUGAGCACAGUAUCGAGCGGCAGGUGCUGCAGUCCCAGUGCAGGAGGCUGGAGGCUCAUCACUACAAUCUGAGUCUAACUGCAGAGCAGCUCUCACACAGCAUGGGGGAGCUCAUGUCCCAGAAACAAAAGCUGGCCUCUGAAAGGGAGAAGCUUCAGGCUGAACUGGACCACUUACGAAAGUGCCUUGCACAACCUCAGAUGCACUGGUCAAGGGGAUACUUCAAGGGGUACCCCCCCAGGUGACAUCCCUCCUACCCCGGGACCCCAGAGUAGCAAAAGAGAGUCUAUUUUAUUACCUGGAUUAUUUAAAGAAAAUUUCCACAGAGAAGGACUGAAGCUACAACAACCUGUGAAUGUGCCAUGCAUGUGAAAGACACUCCACAACUACAUAUUAACCAGCAGAUCUAAACACACUUUUAGUAACAGGGAAUACUAGAGUUAAAAAAAGUCUCUCCGUGAAACCACCUUCUCAGAUUGCUUGCAUCCAAAUGUAUCAACGCCCUCUCUGUGUCACGUGACUUUGAGCCAGCACCCUAUUGGAUACAAGUAUGUCCUCCUUUUUUAGGUUGCCAUAGUAUCCCAGUAGAAAGAGACCUAGAUUUGUUUGUUUCUGGAGGAUUAAAACUUGGAACAAUGCAACAGAGUAACGGAAACGGAUCUACUUGCAAACACUUCGACAGCCACCCCUAACUUCUGUCUGGUAAAUUAAUAUAAUACUAGAAUACUUGAGACUUUCAUCUUCUCCAAAUGGGCUUUCCACUGGAAAUGCACUUAAGAAACAAGUGAAGAAUAAUCUUGAUUUACUGUGUUACAAACACACCCUUUUCAGUUUAAGAAAGAAUAAAUGCGCAUUUUGGAAAGAUUUAAAAAAAAAAAAAAAAAAAAAAAUUGUCAAGACAGGCAAUGUUUUAUUACAAAAUAGAAAUGUUGGAAAAAAAAGAAAAAAUAGGUGCUUCAGCCUUGUAAUGUACAUAAUAUUAAAAUAAUUUUGUAUGUUUUUAUUACUUUAAUUAUUGAUAUUAAAAAAAAAUAAAUAAAUAAAUAAAAAGCCUGCCAUUUUGAAUAUGUUAGCUUUUUGGCAACAACAACAAAAAAAAAUGCUUUUAGUGUUUAUACUGCUGCUGGUCAGGAUAAAAAAUUGUGACGUGUUUUAAAAAGAAAACAAAAUAAACAAAAUCUUUUUCUCUGGUGCAUCUCAUGGUGCUCUCUCACCUCUGUCUGUGUUGCACCAGUCAAAGAUUAUUGUUAAAGACAUGCAUUACGGCCUUCCUUUCUUCCUCUCGCGAUUUAAUACAUUUGAAGGAGUAAACAAAACAAGCCCCUUGUAUGAUUCAACAAAUCCAGAAGAGCUGACAUCUCUACAAAUACCUUGCUUCCACAAAACCAUGCAAAGUAAGAGAAUGUUAGGAUAAAGUCUGUUCCCACCUAAACCAAAGUGCUAGAGCAACAACUUUGCUAUCUGGUGCUGUGUUGUCGUACCAGCACUGCAGCAGCAUAAAUAACUCUUUCAACAUCCCAGACCUGUAUACGUAUCUUUGUACUCAAAACAGCAACUAUUUAAUAAAUUAACCUAAUGAUUAUCUUUCUGUCCAGCUAGUGCUGAAAGAGAGAAUUCAUGUACUGAUGAAAUGAUCACUUCCAUUGAAAACAGAGCAUCUUAAACCCUUCAUCAUGUGGAAACCAGACUUCACUAAACCCCCCCAGCAUCCGAACUGAAAAGGGCAAGGUUUUUUUUUUUUUUUUUUUGUGUCUUUUUUUAAAUUGUUUUAAACUGCUGCCUGUAUACCAAAAUGUUUCAAAUGCAUGUUCUGGUUAAACAGUGGUGGUUUCGGGUAACCGGGUCAGUUCAGGGGUCGUCUGCUUAUGCCGGGCAGUAUUCAUUGUAAAAGCUGAUAUUUAUUAGGCAUGCUGCCUGCUGCAUGGACAGCUUGGUGACAUUACAGGCAUUUAAUAUUCCAUUGUUGAGAAGGGCCCAGCCUACACACUCUGGUUAGGACUGCUGUGUAGGAACCAGGUGCCUGUUUAUGUUUGCUAAUAUAUUUUAUGUCAAAUGUUUCUAUGAAACCACAGUAAACAAAUCCCCACCUGAUUUGCACAUUUUAUAACAAAAAGCUUAUCAGUUCCAAAAGAUGCAAUCAAUUUCUAGCAUUUUUUAAAUCUGUGUUGAAUAAUAUUUCCACAGCACUUGGAAACAGUGGAUUAUUUGUAGACGCUUCACUGCAAUUCUUUUUAGAAGCCAUCAGAAGCAAUAUCGCACACACACAGUAUGAAUUUUACUCUUAAAUUAGCACUCCUUCCUUUGUGUGGUGCCAUUAUUGGUUAAAAUCAUUCUGGGCAGUUCAAGAAUGUUGUGAGACUGCCCUUAAGCUGUCAGUAUAGGUCAUGUCUAAACAAAGGUUUAGAUCUCCCACAUACUGGAAGCAUGGAUGUGUCUGUGGUUGCAAGGUCAUUUAAUAAAAAUAAAAUAACAAAUUUUAAAAAAGCAAUCAAUAUCCAUCCAACCCUUUUAUUGAUAUUUAAUUUGUGACUUUUCAGACAUUUGAGUCGUGCCCCAUGACCUAUCAGUCUCCAUUUGGGUGCCAAAACCACCAACAUAUUGUGUUAUGUGAUGGAUAUAAAUAUAUCUAUACUGUAACACAAUAGAGCGAUCGUUAGUGGUAAAUGUCUGGGUAAACUCAUCCCCUUGCACUUCUCAAAACUGGCAGCUAAAAAAUAUAAAUCUUGUACGAUCUUAAUUUUACAGCUUUAGACAUAAACAAGAUAAAGUAUUUUUCAGAAUGAUAAUAGUCCUCUAUGAUCAGAGCACAAGUGCAGCUGAUACCUACUUAGAACACCACCAUAGGAGUGCUUGUGUU